AAUGGGUUUUGUUUUGUUUUUAUUUACCGGAUUCCGGAAAAUAACAGUUAAAGGCAGCAGCGUCCCUUUUUAUUCUGCCGUGUGUUUACAAAUUCGUUAUGUUCAAGAAAGGCCCACGCUAAGCAUCCGCCUAUGUGGUCGGAAUUGCCUCCUCCUCUAUUGAUUCCUCUUUUGAGAUCUGCAACUCUGUUGCAUCCGAAUUCCAACUUUCUUCAACUCAGCAACUCCAAAUCACCAACUGGGCUUUCUUGAAAACAGCUGUAAGAUUUGAUUCCUUUCUUCUUGGAUAUGUGAAUAUGGAGACGAAAGGUAACAUAUCUGAUUAUAGAAGGAAGCUGGACAAGACACUGGCAUCACCUGACUUGACAAAUCAUGAAAUCCUUCGGACCCUUGUCAAGAAUCAAAUUUUACAAUCAUCGGCUUGUCGUCUUGAAGGAUGCACGGAGAUUGUUGUCGAAAGAAGAAGCAAGGAGGUCUCCAAUUUUCUCAGUAUGUUGAGGAGUGCCUCCGUCAAUGAUGUCGAGAAGUCACACGGUGCCUGGAAAGUAAAACAGGACACAGAAGAACUCCGAGUUAUGUACCGAGAAGGACCAGAAGGCACUCCCUUUCACAUGCUACUUGCCGAAGGCUAUGUGGAUGGACCGGUCGAUGUUUGUAUGUGUAUUUCAUGGGAGUCGAGCCUCUAUCAGAAAUGGUGGCCUCAAAUUGUAAUCCCAACGUUCAAAGUUGUCUCAUCCCGGUGUUUACAAAGAGUUAGAACUGGUGAACAGAUAUCUUUAGUAAGGAUGAAGGUUACAUGGCCGCUAUCAAGCAGAGAGGCCCUCAUUCAUUAUUUUGCAUUUGAGUACUUCCAAGAUGACCUUAUUGUCGUGCUCCUUAACUCGAUCUCCAACGCUGAGGCAAUCGACACAAGCACUCAUGGAUUUACCAGGGAUGGGAUACCUGAUGCAGAGGAAGUGGUGAGAAUAGAUGUUGUCGGAGGGUUUGCCUUACAGAAAGUCACUGCUAAUAGGAGUUACUUCAGGACAAUAGCAAGCAUGGAUAUCAAACUAGACUUUGUUCCUCCAACAAUCAUCAAUUUUAUCUCGAGGCAGCUCAUUGGUAGCGGUUUCAAGCUCUAUAAAAAGGAAGUCGCUUCCGUUUCUAAAGGUGAUGAAAAAUUCUGCGAAGCUUUAAAGGAACCUCUUUACGCUCGUAUGCGCGAGGCUCUUUAUUCAGGAAAUAUGAGUCUGAAUCUAGAGAGUGUAGAAAGAAGCUCAUCAACUAUGGUUGAGGAAAGUAGAGAAGCAUCUGGAGAUGAUGAUGCUCAGGAAAAUAGGCGGUGUGAUGACUCUAUUGUUGGUUCAGAAGCUGAGGAAGUAAUGGUUGGAGACAAAAACAAGCAAAGUGAAAUUGAGGAGGUGGAAGAAAUACAUGCAACAGGAAGUAAGUCAUUAGAGAAUGAGGAGGAAUCCGUUAUUAGCACUAAAGGGGAAGAAGCUCUGACAACCACCCGUGGAAUUGGAGAAAACUAUAUUGGACCCAAGACUAGGAAGAAGGUUCACGUUCGGCCAGAAGUAGAACAAGCUCUGAAAACAUUGGACAAGGUAAUUUCCAUGUUUCGGGAGAAUAAAUGUGGUCCUGAAACAGGUCGGCCCAGCAUUAAUAAGAUAAACUUAACUAAUUUAGAGAAGGAAGCUGUGGAAGAUUCAACGUCUUCUGGAGCUGAUCAAAUGAGUGGAAAGAAAGGGAAUACUGCUGAAUCUUCAAAAAUCGAUACACAAGACUUGGAUACACUUGAAUGUGGAACGGCCAGCUCAGACAGUCAUGCUUCAAGGUAUAAGGGGUCCAAUUCUUACGUAAGGGACCAAAGCAAGAUUGCCCCAGCCUCACCAGAUGAAGACCGAUCAAACCCAUCUAACUCUAACCACAUUGCUUUGCAUGCUUCCAUGAAUCAGUCAACUGACUCAACUGUCUUCGAGAAAGUACCAGAAAACUACACUCUGAGUGCUGAUGCAAACAGUCAGAUGGGAACUCGGGUGCCUAAAACGAAAACCAAGAACUCGUGGUUUUGCUGCUAUAGUUCAUUGUAAGGUACUAUGAGUAAAGCAGCUUCUGUUCUAAUUCUUUGAACAUGUAACGUUGUGGACUCCAUAUAUGCAAGCAAGUCGAGUUGAACUUCA